GCCUCCUCGCUGAACCGGUUCCCCCAGGAAGAGCGCCCACCUUACCUAAAAAAAAAAGAGAGGAAGAACGACCACCGCCACCGAUGGCGAGAUCCGCCGCCGCGCGGACCUCGACCUCGGGCGCGCCUGCCUCGACCUCGUCCACGCCUUCCUCGACCUACGCGGCGACGACGACAACGAGCACGAGCUCCUCCCCGUCUACCUCGACCUCCACCUCGACGACAUCCGGCUCCGCCUCGUCUCCAAGCGCAGGUUUGGACGCGGCUCGCAUCUUCAACCUGGUAGUCCGGCAGCGCCCCUUCGAAUUGUUGGAGUACAUCGACGGGUUGCCUGGUUCUUUUGGAGACCCCCAGUGUUAGGAGAUCCGACUCGUGGGGAGGGCUCUUCUUCCAGAGGAGAGCACGAGAGACCCUAAUCCUCCAGAAGCAUACCUGAGGGCUCGUCUGAAUAACUAUCCAUUCCCGGACAAGGCCUCUGGCAUUGAGUACUUGGCCCGGCUUGCUUGGUCUAACGCAACAAAUUGCAGGUUGCGUGUGCCGCAGAUCUCUUACUGUUCAACUUCUUCAGAAGCAGAUUUACUGGGCAAUUUUCCUUAUUAUUGUGGUUUAUUGGAGAUUUCUAUCUAUCUGUACUGGAGCAAAUAUAUCUCCUUGAAUAUCGGAAGUGGCAAAUAUAUAUUACACAAGACAUGUGUUACGAGGAAGGAAUUAUAGACUAUAUAUAUGUAUAUACAAGACUAUGUGCGUCAAGAUAAUAUCACAAGGAUAUAUAUUUUUCUUCACUAUGUUUAUAGAAGAUCAUAUUUCUGUGCUCAAAAGGGUUCCAGUACAGUCUCUGUCAGAAUCAAUGAAUCGUGCAAAGGAUGCUAAUGCUUCUGCCACAAGGACUCCGACAAGAUAUUCUAGGCAGAUGAAUGAGUUUGAUCAGAAAUCAAGCGGCUCAAGGAACUCUGGAAACUUUUCAGUAGCGCAACAAAAGUGGGAUUCCAAGGGCGACCUCAGGUCCGAUGCAAAAACAAAAACGAGCUCAAGUAUUCCUUCGAAAUUUCCUGAAGAAGGAAGGAGCUCUGAGUCAUCACUGUCAUCUCUCGCGCAACAUCAAGGCUGUCACUCGCAAGAUAAGGGACACAAGUCGCCUUUAUACAAUUGCCCUUGGUCGACGUUUCUCGUACCUGCAGGUUGUAGGUUCCCUGCAAUGUCAGCAGCCAGCCCAUUCCUCCGGGUGUACAGUCCAGCUGUCCCCGCCCAAAAAGAGGCACAAAUAAAGCAGCAAUUCAUAGCGAUGCUUGCGAUGUCACCUGAAUGGUGGCGUCGUUUGCUGCAACAUGGUGCCCUACCCGACCGUGACCCUGGUGAGUACCUGACCACUACAUGGUGUCAGCUGAAUUUUUUUGAAGCGGCAAUGAGGGCUCUCAUGAGCCCGCACAUCUCCCGUGACAGGCCACUGGUAGAGGUCAAGCACCUCUGUGAGAAUUGUGCUAAGCCAAAGCGAGAGGGGGGGAAAGCCAAGUGGUCCCUCGCCGACUGGGUUACGUCAUGUUGCAACCCUACUCUUCGGGUGUGCAGCUGCUGUCUCGCCCAUGCUUACCUAAGCAAGCACGGGCCCUGUGUGAAGCGUGGUGCGAUUGGUCUACUCCCUGAGGCCCGAGACACAGUGAUGCAGAGGCUGCUGGUUCAUGAGGACGAGACCCUCUACUGCAUCGAGGAGUGCACACUGCUUGUUGAGCCAGAGUUCAGAGGCAAGGUGAUGAAACGUGAUGGUUUCAGGAUGAGGACGUAUGCCUGUUUUGGCGACGUGCAUGCGCGCACGGCAGCGGUGCGUACGUUAGUGGUUUUGUUUCACAUUUCACGGGCAGGCGAGUUGGUGGAGAUCUGCCGUACCUCCCUUGCUUCAUAGUUGAGACGGUUCUCAAACUAUAGCUGCUAUUCGUUGUACAUGUAACAGUGAUGAUACGUAGCACACAAAAUGGAAGGCCUUUCUGUUGUUUGGAUUUAGUUCUGGAUAGUUGUUGGAUAGUUGUUAGUCGUUAUACCUGUAAAUAUUGACAACCACAUGGUCAUACGUGUACCAAGAAUUAUGGUGAGC